CUUGUUUUAAUUAUAGUUUGCAAUUGAAUUCAGCAAUGGAUUGUAUUGUUGUAAGUAGUCUACUAGGAAUAGUAGAUCAACUACAGCUUCUUCUUCUUCAUAAUAAAAACAAUCCUUGUUUGAUUCUUCCUGAGAUAGAUGAUGCUCAAUUCAUCCUAUCCAGCUUAAAGGACAAGCUCCAUUUCCUGCAGGCAUAUCUUCACAAACCUAAGCCCAUAAUUACCUCUGAUCCCGAUCGCGAUGAGGCAGUGAAAAGGCUGGAUGAAGAAAUCAGAGAUGUUGCAAUGAAAGCAGAAUAUGAAAUCGAAUCCAAACUGGGUGAAGUUUACUUGGCGGCUAACCAGCAGGGUGAUGGAGAGUGCGCAGUAGCAGUAGAGGCCGCAGCUUGUGAAGAUCUUCAUCGGAGCUUGCAACAAGUAGUGAAGGAUAUUGAGUCUGUUGAGGUGCGCAUCAGAGAUCUGCAAACUUCUUCUUCUUCUUCUUCAUCAACACCACCUUGUUUACAGCUACAGAACGUCAGGGAUGGUGUUGAAGUUGAUUUGGAGAAUACAAUAGUAGGAGUCGAAGGUGAUGUUGAGGAAAUAAAAGGCAUGCUCAUUCCAACUUCUCCGUCCACACAACUACAAGUCGUUUCAAUUGUGGGAAUGGGAGGGACAGGUUGCACUACUUUGGCCAAAAAUGUUUACGGAGAUUCAAGCAUAGAGUCACACUUUGACAUUCAAGCAUGGACGGUUGAAGGUUAA